AUGUACCGUCAGCCAAAGAAUUCUUAUCGAUUAGUGAAAAACAUGGCAUUUUUUUCUUCAGGUCUUAGUGUAUCCUUGAUAAUCGGCUUACUGAUUGCCACAGUUGUUACAGUUAUCACCGUUAUAUUGGCUGUUGUACAUUUUUUUUACAUUAUUUGCUAUGUUACUCAUAGAUAUCGAAGAGGAUUUAUUCUGUUUCUUGCAGGAACAGCUCCGCUUGUGUCACUAUUCUCUUUAACGGCAAUGUAUAUGCCAAGAGUGUGGUUCUUGGCUCAUCUUCUAAGUUUCUUUUACUUUUCAAUGGCUUUAUGGGUAAUCAUAUGCCUCCUAAGAAACAUUUUCGAAGGACGUCAAGAAAUGUUGAAAAAAAUGAAAAGUGAAGGCUCACAGAUCACCGUUCAAACACCACCGUUUUGCUGCUUUUUUCCGUGUCUACCAAAACUUGAAUUGGAACGUGAAAGGAUUCGGUUUUGCGAAAUGAUGGUCUUUCAAGCGCCAUGCAUUCGAUUGAUCUUUACAAUAUUAAGUCUUGUUCUAUUUUUUGAAAUCAAGGACAACCCUUACUUGGCAUUAAAAGUUUUGGACUUGGUAUCGGUUCCAUCUUUGUUAAUUGGCGUAUACGGGACACAUAUACUUGUCACUUCAGCUUCCAAAUUGGUACUUUAUUUUGAACUUCAAUUUAUGAAUGGCGUCGCCUGUAACAUAAACCUGCUAAAUAUCUUUCGUUCACAAGUACUUUGGGUUUUGUAG